CAGUGAGCUGGCCUGUGAUUGGCUGGGUUGGGACGCUCGUCGAAGAUGGCGGCGCUCCGUGUGCGCCGGCUUGCUGGAGGAGGCUGGCUGUGGAACGCUCCCUUGGCUGCGCGUCGGGGCUUCUGGUCUCGGUCCAGGAAAGAGAAAGAGCCCGUGGUACCUGAGACAGUGGAAGAAGUGAAAAAAGAGCCUGUUUGGGUGUGUCCACCCUUACGAAGCCGAGCGUACACACCACCUGACGAUCUCCAGAGUCGCUUGGAAUCGUGUAUUAAAGAAGUUCUUGGUUCAUCUCUUCCUAGUAACUGGCAGGAUAUCUCCCUGGAUGAUGGCCAUGUGAAGUUCAGACUCUUGGCACAUUUAGCUGAUGGCUUGGGCCAUGCGGUACCUAACUCCAGGCUUCAUCAAAUGUGCAGUGUCAAAGACGUUCUUGAGUUCUAUAGUGUUCCAGUUCAAGACAGAUCUAAAUUUGAUGAACUCACUGCCAGUAAUUUGCCUCCCAAUUUGAAAAUCAGUUGGGGUUACUGAGCAGUUCAGCGGUGAAUGCAUUGAGAUCAUUGUUAUUUUUCUCACUAAGGUGGCUGACAAACCUUAUAUGUUACCUGUCAGAAUUCUUCUAUAACCCCUCCCGCCUUUUUUUUCCUGUCCUCUAGAAGAACACAUCUUUUUUCUCAUGGAGAAUCAAUAAAGAAAACAUUUUCACAUCGGUUACUGCUAUCUCCCCCCAAUAAAAUCAAGUUUUGAUAAUUUA